AUUUUAUUUUCCCUCCAUCACCACAGAGGUUGUGCUGCUUCUAUAACAAAAGGUGAUUGUGCAGUCCAACAGACUUGUCUUCAAAAUGUCAGAACCAGGUUGUCCACCCCAAAAUGACCAUCCAAAUCCCAUGCCUCAGCCUGAAGGUCCUGCAACGGCUCCUCCUGCAGAGCUCCAGUCAGUGAACCAACCAGCUCCAGUUCAGCUGGUCAUGAAUCUAACUGAUCUAAGCAAUCCAGCACUUCACCAGGUUCAGCCAUAUACAGGUCCUGCACCGGCUCCUGAACCUGCAGGGAUCCAGCUAGUGAACCAACCAGCUUCAGGUCAGCCGGUCAUAAAUCCAGCACCUCACCAUGGUCAGCCAUAUGCAGCUCCUCCUGCAGAGCUUCAGCCAGUGAACCAACUAGCUCCAGUUCAGCUGGUCAUGAAUCUAACUGAUCUAAGCAAUCCAGCACCUCACCAGGUUCAGCCAUAUGCAGGUCCUGCACCGGCUCCUCCUGCAGAGCUCCAGCCAGUGAACCAACCAGCUCCAGUUCAGCUGGUCAUUAAUCUAACUGAUCUAAGCAAUCCAGCACUUCACCAGGUUCAGCCAUAUACAGGUCCUGCACCGGCUCCUGAACCUGCAGGGAUCCAGCUAGUGAAGCAACCAGCUCCAGGUCAGCCGGUCAUAAAUCCAGCAUCUCACCAUGGUCAGCCAUAUGCAGGUCCUGCACCGGCUCCUCCUGCAGAGCUCCAGCCAGUGAACCAACCAGCUCCAGGUCAGCUGGUCAUUAAUCUAACUGAUCUAAGCAAUCCAGCACUUCACCAGGUUCAGCCAUAUACAGGUCCUGCACCGGCUCCUCCUGCAGAGCUCCAGCCAGUGAACCAACCAGCUCCAGUUCAGCUGGUCAUUAAUCUAACUGAUCUAAGCAAUCCAGCACUUCACCAGGUUCAGCCAUAUACAGGUCCUGCACCGGCUCCUCCUGCAGAGCUCCAGCCAGUGAACCAACCAGCUCCAGUUCAGCUGGUCAUUAAUCCGCCUGGUCCAAGCAAUCCAGCUCCUAACCAGAUUCAACCAUAUGCUGCACCUGCAGUUCCACCGCUGGCUAUACCUUUUGGAGUCCCACCCGGUCUCGAGUACCUCAUUCAGAUAGACCAGAUCCUUAUCCACCAAAAAGUAUCGUUUAUAGAAAUGUUAACCGGCUUUGAGACCAACAACCAGUAUGAGAUCAAGAACAGCAUCGGUCAGGAGAUCUACCAUGCCAAAGAAGAAAGUGACUGCUUCACACGCAAUUUCUUCGGUUCAGCACGCAGUUUUCAAAUGCACAUUAAAAACAACGUGGGCCAAGAGGUCAUACGGAUGAACAGACCAAUGCGCUGCUUCCUGCAAGAGAUUGAGGUACAGGCUCCCCUUGGAGUUACCAUAGGCUAUGUUAAACAGGAGUGGUCCUGGUUUUUACCAAAAUUCUCCAUCCUGGGCCCCAACAAUGAGGUACUACUGGAAAUCCAUGGGCCCUUUCUUCCUAUCAAAUGCUGUGGUGACAUAAACUUUGAGGUAAAAGACAUGAAUGGUGGGAAGUCAAUUGGUCGAAUCAUAAAACAACGAAGUGGUUUCUUAAAGAAAUGCUUCACUGAUGCCACCAACUUUUGUAUCCAGUUCCCCCUGGACAUGGAUGUUAAAAUGAAGACUGUAUUAUUGGGUGCUUGCUUCCUUAUUGACAUCCUGUUCUUUGACAAAGGUGGAAAUUUAUUUUUAAAAGUAUUAAAGGGAUCAUGAAAUGCUUUUUU